AUGCGACGAUGGAAUUCCAGCAGUCGUGUAAUAGAGAACUGCGUUGCUAUGACAAUACGAAUGUGCUCCUCGUCGUCGAAAUCAGCAAAUGUUCAACGACCUGCUUAUUACCGGAAACCUCACCAGCAUCAUAAACCAACACAUAUGCUUCAGGAAGAAUUCCCAGUAAGUGGUUUCGAGAACUUCAGGAUAAACGCUGGCGAUGCCUCUGGAGCCGGUGUGCGAUUGUAUGAUUACUAUAAAACAGCGGAAUACGUCAAUCAGUUGCCAACAAUAAAAGAGAAGAUUGACUUUGUGAGCCCAUAUGAGCGCCCAUGGACUAGAGCGGAAAGGACAUGGACGUUGGUGGUUUGCCCAUAUGUCGUCUCUUCACACCUGAUAUUACUCGGAUUGCAUCCAAGUCUCAUGAUUCCUCGUAAAGCGUGGGCCCUGCCUUUAGUUCCGGCUUACUUCGACUGUCUUAAGUACUACCAGUACAUAACAAAGACACGUCUUGUGGAAUCGUCGCUUGACAACUACUAUGUUGGGCUUGUUCCUCCAACGGCUAGCUAUGAGAUUGUGUUUAGGCGGAAGCUGGGUGAACUGGCCUUUGUCUGUCGGGAUCGCUUGGCUGUUCAGUUGAGAUCUCGCGACCCCCUUGCUCCCCUACAUUCACUGGAAAGCGACGAAGCCUGCAAACCGGUGUUUCCUGACGACGUGGACGUUGCCAACGAUGUGCUCUUCUCACCCAAGGUUAUAAACUUGUGGCCUGACGAAGAUCCGUUAUGGCAAUGUCCGGGAUACUUUGUGGAGUCAGAGGAAACCCACACCUAUAGCCGUGUAGCUGCCAAGUCUCUGUCUCUGCUCGAUGAAAGAUGCAAAGAGUGGGACGCACCACCAGAGGAGAGUGCGGAAAUGUGGCAAGAUUGUGCCAAGGCGCAAGCAAUUGCCUCGCUUUUCACAACCCUCUGUGCACAAGCCCAUACUCAUGGCUUCACUCAAUACACUGACGUGACGCGUCCGUUCACUUCUCAGCUAAUGCUUUCAAAUGGUGUUGAUUUUGUCUUCGCUGUUGGGCAACUAAACACGAUCGCAAUCAACAUCGAAUGUGAUGGUUUCGAAAACCCGAAAACCAACGUUUGUCACGUCGAGCCUCCUCUACGAUUGUAUGACGACUAUCGAGAAGGAAGAUGCCUAACGAACGAACUUCGUGUUUUCUUUAUCUCCGACACUCAUCUGUUAGGUGAACGACAGGGUCACUGGUUUGAUAAACUUCGAAGGUAUUUUUCUCGACUUGGUUUUUCAGUUUUACCGGUUGAUGUGCUUGGCGUCGAACUGAAAUGGGAGUGGCAAAUGUAUCGUGCUUACCAAUCAGCGCUCCACUUACUUGCUCCUGAUGCCGUUUUCUUCUUAGGUGAUCUUAUGGACGAGGGACAGUGGGGAGAUCGGAGUACAUUCCACAAAUAUGCAGAUCGUUUUGAUUCGUUGUUCCGCAGCUCAUCAUCUAAUGGACCUCCAGUUCACGUGUUGGCUGGAAAUCACGACAUUGGAUUUCACUACGCAGUGUCACCAUCCCGUGUCGAAUGGUUUGAAAAACGAUUCAAUCGCAGUACAGUGGAUGUUGUUGUGAUAGAAGGGCAACCCUUUAUCCUCGUGACGUCAAUGGCUUUACAUGGCGACGGUUGCCGAUUCUGUUAUGAGGCUGAAAGAGAGCUCGACGAGAUCGCUAAAGAGCUGAACUGCUCGAAACUGGACACUUGUGAAAAAAAUGCUUCACAUCGUUUCCAGUCGUAUCGUCGACCAAUACUUCUUCAACAUUUUCCUUUGUUCAGGCUCAACGAUAACGAGUGCCUUCGUGACGAAGAUUUCGACGAUGACGAUCCUAACAGGGACGAUCCUUAUCGUCCUAAAUGGGAAGCGUUGUCUGAGGAGUCUACCGAGUUGCUUCUACAGAAGCUUGAACCUCGUGCGGUUUUCAAUGGUCACAGCCAUAGAGGAUGCAAGAAAAGGUGGUCACAACCAGCGGGUGGUUUCUGGGAGUACACGGUUAAUUCAUUCUCAUGGCGUAACGGGAAUCGUCCGACCUUUCUGAUGGCAACGAUCUCUGAAGAUGAUGUUUUGGUUGGCACAUGUCAUCUACCAAACGAAUCAACAGUAAUAAAUUUAUACUGUAUUACCGCUAUUAUAACGGUUAUAUGGAUUUUACGAUCUCUACUGGUGGCACGAUAUCCUGGCAUGCUGCGAACCCUCCGAUCUCAACCUAGUUCAAGCAAACUUAUCAAGUCUGGAUGA